GGAGACUUUUGUCAAGGUCAGGGAAAUAUUAAAACUAUGUCAUUUCGUGACUCAGUAGAUUAUGUGUCCCAAGAUCGUAUCAGUCAACUUGCUCGUACUUAUUGGAUUACAGCUCCGGGGCCGCUAAAAAAUAAACAUUCAUCAGCAUGUCUAACGGAUACAUACAAACCUUUUCAAUUAAAUGUGAUGGAACGGAUUUACCGUCAGGAAUUGCUGGCCUCUGGGUUCUCACAUCGCCGAUGUCUAGCUCUUGAAUUGAAUCAGUACUUAGAGCAAUGGCUUUGGCCACAUUUUGAACCAGAUAUUAGUAGCCGUGCCCAUGUUUUAUCAAUAUGUGCAAUGGUUAAUGAAAAAGCCCGUGGUCGUGUCCCAAUAUGGCCGACUUUUGUAGCUACAGCGGAUAAAUUUAGUGGACUUAUUCAUCGAGUACUACAUAUUCUACUUGAUGAAUCUCCACAGAUAUUAACGGUUAAUCCACUACUCACUGAGAUCAAUACAAAGUCUAAAAAUGAUGACAAUGAUGAAGAAGACAAACACCAAACGUCUGACGAAUCAUCAAACCCAGUACAACAGAAGAAAUGUAUUCUGGAGCAUAUAGUUCUUAUUAUUUUCUUAUCACAUUGUUUUACAAAUUUAGCUGAAGUUGGUGUAUUACGACGUAGUCUUCGUGAGUUAUAUAGUUUAGCUAUUUGGCAAGAUCAUCUUCAACCGACUCGUUUAAGUCUUGAACUAAAAUCACAUCCACGAUAUGCUCGCUUAUUAAAAAAACUACAAAAAUAUCGUGAUACAAAAGUUUCCCCUACUGAACGAGAUAAUAUGGUAUUUCAGCAUUCAUUUAUCCCACGAAUUUUGGAUGUGUUUUUAACUCUGCUGAAUUCAAUACCUGAAAAGGAUGAAGAUAAGCCUAUAGAACCUUUGUUGAUUCACUACUUAGAACGUUUCAUCUUAUUGUUAAUCGAUUUGGAAAGUAUGCUGCUUACACGUCGAAUAUUAAAUGUUGUUCUCGACGAUAGACAUAUUGUUGUGUAUUGUCAGAAAUCUGCACUUAUCAAACGUCCAGAUGGGAAGUUAUUUUCAGAACUAGUUGAUUUGUUAGCUUUUUACGCUCAUUUUCACAUUGAUGAAAGUACUGGUGAACCAUUGGAUGAAGCAGAAAUGGAUAAAAGACACUGUGCUAAACUAAGUAAUUUACAAUUGAAAACAUUUGCAUCACAUAAAGAUAAACUUCUACCAUUCUCUGUCUCACAUCCUGCGGGAAUCGAAACUGCACAAUUAUUACGUAAACAUUUAUCAGUGUUAGAUAGAGAUCAACUUUAUCAACUAGCUUCAUGUUUUGGUCUUGUUACAUUAAAAAAAGAAUCUAUUCAAAAUAAUGAACAAAAUAAAAUUGAUAAUGAUAAUGAUAAUGAUGGUCAAUUACCGCCUGCAAAACGAAUUCGUUCAAAUAAUCAGGAGAUAGACGAGUUUAAUUUAAAUUGUCUUAGAGAUAAAUUAGAAGCUAAAUUUAUGGAUAAAGAUUUGAUAAUUCGAAUUUUAAUUCAUCAUUUUGCCCGUCGUCAAUCUGAAUUGGAAUAUAUCAACAGUUUAUCAUUAUAUCCUACAGAAGAUUUAAUUUGGGAUGAGAAUCGUGUUCCAACGGAAUACUAUUCUGGUGAAAAUUGUUUAGCUUUACCAAAAUUAGGCUUACAAUUUUUAACUUUACAAGACUACUUACUAAGAAAUUUCAAUUUAUUUCGUUUAGAGUCAACUUAUGAAAUCCGACAAGAUAUCGAAGAUGCUAUUAUUCGUUUGAAAGCAUGGCGUGGUGAAUUUGGUCAAGCCGUCUUUGAUGGUUGGUCAAGAAUGGCUUUACCAAUACAAGCAUUUAAUAUUGUUGAAGUAGCUAAACCAGAUUUAGGUGCUAAACAUCCAGCACGUGUACGUGCUGAUGUACGUGUAGCGCUUGCUGGUCUUCGUCCAGAGAUUCGUAAAGAAUGGCUUGGUUUACGACGUCAUGACCCAGUGUUUCUAGUAACAAUACGACCUACUAAACAACAAGGAUGGAAAUUUAAUACGAAUGAACCGUUUGCAUCACAAGUUGGUUUGCAUUAUGUUCGUGGUUGUGAAAUUGAAGGUCAAGUUGAUAAGGAAGGUAAACUAGUACCGGAUGAAGAACGUCUAGGCUUUUUACCAUUAAAAGGAGAAAAGCCUAACUUAGUUGAUACUUUACCAACUUGGCGUGUACGCUUAGAUCCCGUACAAUAUCAAACAGAUUUAGACCAUUUAAAGACUGAACAAAUGCGUGCUGAGGUGUUACGAUCAAAAGUGAUUCGAGCAAAACGUGAAGGACGUACUACUGAAGAAAUUCAAGCAUUACAGACACAAGUUGAUGAAGCCGAACAAGUUUCCCCAGAAGAUUUAUAUGAUACAUUCAAUGUUUUAAUUAGACGAAAACCUAAAGAAAAUAAUUUCAAAGCUGUCUUAGAAACUAUAAGGGAUCUUAUGAAUAUUCGAUCCGUUGUCCCUGAAUGGUUAUUAGAUUUAUUGAUGGGUUAUCUUGAUCCUGCCGCUGCACAUUAUACACAUCGUUCAGAUGUAUAUGAACCGCGACAAAAUUGGCUGGACACAUUUUUAUCCCCAGAACAUUUAAAACACUCAUUAUCUCAGUAUAAUGUACAGUUUACAAAUAAACGUCAAAGUCGUAAAUGGAAGUCUAAUUGUCAGACUGAAAUUUCAGAUAUAACUGAUCCCACAGAUCAUCUACCUGGACCACCUUAUCGUCUUAUUUUUCCAAAAUUAGAAAAUGAUCCAACUGCAAAAGUCGAAGCAAUGAUCCCAUCAGAUAUGAUUAUUCAGAAGCAUUCAACUAGUAGUGCUAAUGUAGAUACUUCUAACAAUCAGUCUGAAAAUCAUGAAAAACCAACUUUGAUUGCUGAAGCCUACGAUCCACCUUUACAACCGCCUUGGAGUUUACUUGCUCAGGCUGGAGGUCAUCUGCCUAAUGGCCUCUCAUCCAUGAAUUCUAAACUUGGUAACAAAGUCCCAUUCACACCAGCACAAGUAGAAGCUAUUCGAUCUGGUAUGCAGUGUGGUUUAACUUUAGUAGUCGGUCCACCUGGUACUGGGAAAACAGAUGUAGCUGUACAAAUUAUUCAUAACUUGUAUCAUAAUUACCCCAAUCAACGCAUUCUUAUUGUAACUCAUUCAAAUCAAGCAUUAAAUCAAUUAUUCGAGAAAAUUAUCGCUUUAGAUGUUGAUGAACGUCAUCUUUUACGUUUGGGUCAUGGAGAAGAAGGUUUAGACACUGAUAAAGACUUUUCACGUUAUGGUCGAGUUGAUUAUAUUUUAGCUAAACGUAUACAUCUUUUACAAGAAGUGACACGUUUAGCGAAAACAUUAAAUCCAUCAUCAGCUAUUCCACAAUUAUCUACCGAUCACCUGCCUGAUUCCGAUUUAUCUGAUUCAACGAAUAGUUUUCAUUUACAAACUUGUGAAACUGCUCAAUAUUUUUAUAUUCAAGAAGUUUUAUCACGUUGGGAAGAUUUUAUUAGUAAGAUAGCUGCAAGUGAUACAUCACAUCAUUUAAUGAGCAAUACAAAUCAAAAAAGUCAAUCAUUAACAGAAGAGAAGACAGAAAAAGAUGUUGUGAUUUAUGAUCCGAAUUUAAUUCGAAAUAGUUUUCCGUUUACAGAAUUUUUCACUGGUCAAAAAACUCCAUCCGAUGAAGUAAUGAGUCAAUUGUUUCCGGGUCAAAAUCUAUUGGAAGAUGUUGCUUUAGCACAUGCCUAUUUUCGUUAUCUUCAUUCUAUAUUUACUCAACUAGAUGAAUUUCGUGCUUUUGAAUUAAUGCGUACCGGAACAGAACGUGCUAAUUAUCUUUUAAUCCAAGAAGCAAAAAUUAUUGCAAUGACCUGUACACAUGCUGCAUUACGUCGAAGAGAUUUAGUUCAACUAGGAUUUACAUAUGAUACAAUUCUAAUGGAAGAAGCUGCACAAAUAUUAGAAAUUGAAACAUUUAUUCCAUUACUUUUACAAAAUCCUGAUAUAUCCGGUAGAAAUCGAUUAAAACGUUGGAUUAUGAUUGGUGACCAUCAUCAAUUACCACCAGUUGUUAAAAAUCAAGCAUUUAAUAAUUAUUCGAAUAUGGGUCAAUCAUUAUUUGCACGUUUAGUGAAACUUGGUGUACCAACUGUUCAAUUAGAUGCACAAGGUCGUGCUAGACCAUCACUUUCACGUUUAUAUAGUUGGCGAUAUGAUCGAUUAACUGAUUUACCGCAUACAUUGAAUGAAGUACAAUAUUGUCUGGCUAAUCCAGGCUUUAGAUAUGAUGUACAAUUGAUAAAUGUUGAAGAUUAUAAAGGUAUCGGUGAAUCUGAACCCAGUCCAUUCUUCUAUCAAAAUUUAGCAGAAGCUGAAUACGUUGUUGCAGUUUACAUGUAUAUGCGUAUAUUAGGCUAUCCAGCUGAAAAAAUCACAAUACUCACUACUUACAAUGGUCAAAAACAUUUGAUUCGUGAUGUCAUAGCUGCUCGUUGUGCACAAAAUCCUUUAUUAGGAAAUCCAAGUAAAGUAACCACUGUAGAUCGUUUUCAAGGUCAACAAAACGAUUAUGUACUAGUUUCAUUAGUACGUACACGUACUGUUGGUCAUUUACGUGAUGUUCGCCGUUUAAUUGUUGCUUUAUCACGUGCCAGGCUUGGAUUGUAUAUAUUUGCUAGAAUUGAACAAUUUGCCAAUUGUCCAGAAUUAAAACCUGCUUUUGAUUUACUAUUAAACCGUACGUCUGAUGAAAGUAAACAAAUGAAACCGACUGAGCUACACCUAACACCAUGGGAAGUAUGGAUUGAUCCCCGUAGUCCAACGAUACUGAAAGAACAACAUCGUCUACAAACUGAUCAUAAUCUUAAUCAACCACCUUUGAUCAUUCAAGACAUGCCACAGAUGAGCAAUUAUGUUCGUGAAUUAUACGAUCAAAAAUUGCAAUAUUUAAUGACUCAAUUACAAAAACAACAAAACGUACAGAAAAAAACGAUAACAGUAGUGACUACUGGUACUAUUACUACUGUUAACUCAAAAGAUAUUACUAUCAGCAAUGAUUCAUCGUCUAGUUUAUCCAUUUCAAGCACAGAUUUGAAUAAAUUACCUCAAGAACAACAGCAACGGCCGGAGUCGGCUACUACUGAAAAUAAUCAUAAUGGUGAUGUUAUGGGUAUCAGUCAAGGAUUAGAUCAUACUGCUAGUCUUAUGUUGAUUGAUAAUGAUGAUGCCUCUGGCGUUCCUAUCGGUACUCCUACCAUCAACACAGAUGAAGCGAACGCUAAUAAUUCUGUGGAAAUGGCAGAUACUAAUUAAUAUUUUCUAUGUUUAGCGAUGUCUCACUAUGUUUUUAUUAUGUUGACUGUAUAGAAUAAAUUUUUUCAUCUAACUC